AUGAAUCUUAAAAUAGAAUCAUUACUGAGUUUAAAAUCAGCAGUAGAAAUUAAAGGGUUCCAUCUAUCUAUCCUGAAAAUAGCUAUCUAUCUAUCUAUCUAUUCAUCUAAGAAUUCAUCUAUAUAUUCAUCUAUUCAUUCUAGAUUAGCUAUCUAUCUAUCUAUUCAUCAUUCAUAUCAUCUAUCUAUUCAUAUCUAUCUAUCUCAUCUAUCUAUCUAUCUUCCUACUAUCUUUGAUAUCUAUCAUUCAUCUAUCUAUCUAUCUAUCUAUCUAUCUAUCUCAUUUAUCUAUCUAUCUAUCUAUCUAAAUCUAUCAUAUCUAUUCUACUUUUUUGAGUUUAUAUUCAUUUUAUUCAUCUAUCUAUCUAUUCAUAUCAUUCUAUCUAUCUAUCUAUCUCAAAAUUCAUAUUUACAUCUAUCUAUCUAUCUAUCUAUCUAUCUAUCUAUCUAUCUAUCUAUCUAUCUAUCUUGGAAAGCGCUCAAUAUCAGAGAGAGAACUAAUAUAUUCAGUUACAACACUUAUCUAUCUAUCUAUCUAUCUAUCUAUCUAUCUAUCUAUCUAUCUAUCUAUCUAUCUAUCUAUCUAUCUAUCUCCCAGAUGGACCUGGAAUGUUUGAAGAAAUUAGAAAUUCAUACUUUAUUAACGGCUUUUAUUUGUCAACAUUAUUCCUUCUUUCAUUCUUUCGCUUGCAUUGCCAUCUCAUUCUUAUUCUUUCUUUCUAUCUUUUUGCUUCCAGCACGUCCUACCACUUUCUUUCUUUCUUUCUUUCUUAACUUCCCUCGUUUAGUUUUUGCUAAAUUUAUUUUCUUUCUUUUUUUCUUUCUAUUUUGCUUUUUCUUUUUUCUUCAUUGCUUAUAUUCCAUGCUUCAAUCAUUAUGCUACCUUUUUCAUUCGUUCUUUCUCAUCCCUACAUUGAUAUCCGUUUUUUCUUUCUUUCUUUCUUUCUUUCUUUCUUUCUUUCUUUCUUUCUUUCUUUCUUCUAAUUACCUCCUCACUUCAUGCUUUAUAUUUCAUUCGUUUUACAUCCAGCUAUACCUGUCCCCUACUUGCAUUUUCUAUCUAUCUAUCUAUCUAUCUAUCUAUCUAUCUAUCUAUCUUCCAGCAUUUCCUGUCCCCGAUUUGAAUUUUUCUUUCUUUCUUUCUUCCAGCAUUUCCUGUCCCCGAUUUGAAUUUUUCUUUCUUUCUUUCUUUCUUUCUUUCAUUCUUUCUUUCUUUCUUUCUUUCUUUCACCAUUUCCUCAUUUCCUGUCCCCGAUUUAAAUUUUUCUUUCUUUCUUUCUUUCUUUCUUUCUUUCUUUCUUUCUUUCUUUCUUUCAGCAUUUUCUGUCCCCGAUUUGAAUUAUCUUUCUUUCUUUCUUUCUUCUUCAAACUUCGCCUUUCACUUUCUACCUUCUUUACUUUCUUUCUUACUUCCAUCAUUUCCUGUCCUCAACCUGAACAUUUCUUUCUUUUUUUUCUUUCUUUCUUUCUUUCUUUCUUUCUUUCUUUCUUUCUUUUACUUACCUCUUCACUUCGGCCUCCAUCUCUUUUCUUUCUUCUUAUUUCCAUCACUUCCUGUCCCCUACCUGCAUAUUUCACUACAUCUAUCUAUCUAUCUAUCUAUCUAUCUAUCUAUCUAUCUAUCUAUGAGUCGAUAUUUGUCAAUACUAUCUAUCUAUAUCCAUUUACCUAUGACUUUAUAAUAUCUUUGAGUCUAUAUCUAUCACUACUUUAUCUAUCUAUCUAUCUAUCUAUCUAUCUAUCUAUCUAUCUAUCUAUCUAUCACUUUAUACUUACUAUCUAUCGAUCUAUCUAUCUAGAUAGAUAG